AGACGCGGCGGGCGCCAUUUCAGGGAGCAGUCGUCUUGCUAAAGCGGAAUCUGUGUGUUCUUGUUGCGAAGCUUCCUUGGCUUUGCUCGUACUAAUUUUUCGAGAUCAUUCUUAGUCUAGCUUUUUGCCUGCUGCUGUUGCUGAGAUAAUUUUUUUGUUUAAGGGCCAGCGCCCCUCCUCACGCGUAUCCAGACCCAGGGAAACAAACGACGGCCGUGGCAGUAUCCCUCCGCCUCAUAAACACCUGGGCCAGAAGCGAGAGGCCGGCAACGCAGGUGUCCUGAAAAAUGGCUGAUGAUAUUGAUAUUGAAGCAAUGCUUGAAGCCCCCUUUAAGAAGACUUGCCUAACGAUAUCUCACCUCUACUCCCAUGAAUUCACCUUUGAUUCCAGUGUGAACUGUCAAUCAUAAGGGCGAGAUGUGUGACAGAGGUGGCAUCAAGCUCUUACAGUCCCAACCCUCCAACGAAAAUGGGCGAAGAUCUCAGGAAUGGCAUCGGUCACAGGAAAUCGAUAGUGGCUGGCUGCUAGCUUGGUCACUUGGGGCUUAGGCAGAAAUAUAGCCUUGGUAUUGGUCAAAAGGGAUUAUAGUAUAUGAAUGUGCUUUUAAACUUGGUAUUUCUUGUUAUAUUUUAUCCUUUAACCACUUCAGUGCUGGAAACUGCAGGAUGGCUUUAUUUCAUUAUAAAGAAAGUUUGUACAAUUUAAAACCUUUUUAAAUAGUAAAUUUUCUAUUUAUAGUUGUAGGACUUAAAUGUAAACAGCAAAGUGGUUAAAAAGUCUACCUUAAUUAGUAGCAUCCCAUAUUAAAUAUAAAAUUUAGUAUUAAAUUUUUGUUUUGUAUUUUCUUAUCCCUGCCCCCAUUACCCUUUGACCACUUGAAAUGUUUCCACUUCGUCCUCAUGAUGUUCUUCUAUCAACCCUGCUUAGGAUGAGAACAAAUUGAGCAGUGCCAAUGGACAUGAAGAGCGAAGUAAGAAGAGGAAAAAAAGCAAGAGCAGAAGUCGUAGUCAUGAUAGGAAGAGAAGCCGAAGCAAGGACCGCAAACGAAGCCGUGAACGUGAAAGAAAGAAAAGCAAGAGUCGAGAAAGAAAGCGCAGUAGAAGUAAAGAACGGAGACGCAGCCGUUCAAGAAGCAGAGAACGUCGAUUCAGAGGCCGUUACAGAAGUCCCUAUUCUGGACCCAAGUUCAAUAGUGCCAUGAGAGGAAAAAUUGGCUUGCCACACAGCAUGAAAAUAAGCAGACGUCGAUCUAGGAGCAAAAGUCCUUUCAGAAAAGACAAGAGUCCUGUAAGAGAGCCUAUUGAUAAUCUUACUCCAGAGGAACGGGAUGCUCGAACAGUAUUCUGUAUGCAGCUUGCUGCAAGAAUUAGGCCAAGAGACCUGGAAGAAUUUUUCUCUACUGUAGGAAAAGUCCGUGAUGUACGCAUGAUAUCAGAUAGAAAUUCAAGGCGUUCAAAAGGAAUUGCUUAUGUAGAAUUUGUUGAUGUCAGCUCAGUUCCUUUAGCCAUUGGAUUAACUGGACAGCGAGUUUUGGGAGUGCCAAUUAUUGUACAAGCAUCUCAGGCAGAGAAAAACAGAGCAGCAGCAAUGGCUAAUAAUUUACAAAAGGGAAGUGCAGGCCCCAUGAGACUCUAUGUAGGCUCAUUACAUUUCAAUAUAACUGAAGAUAUGCUUCGUGGAAUCUUUGAACCGUUUGGCCGGAUUGAAAGCAUUCAGCUAAUGAUGGACAGUGAAACUGGGAGGUCCAAAGGAUAUGGAUUUAUUACUUUUUCAGACUCAGAAUGUGCUAAAAAAGCCUUGGAACAAUUAAAUGGAUUUGAACUGGCAGGUAGGCCAAUGAAAGUAGGACAUGUGACUGAACGUACCGAUGCAUCCAGUGCCAGUUCAUUUUUGGACAGUGAUGAAUUGGAAAGGACUGGAAUUGAUUUGGGAACAACUGGUCGUCUUCAGUUGAUGGCAAGGCUUGCUGAGGGUACUGGUUUACAGAUUCCUCCAGCUGCCCAGCAAGCGCUGCAAAUGAGUGGAUCAUUAGCAUUUAGUGCUGUAGCAGAUUUACAGACAAGACUGUCUCAGCAAAGUGAAGUCUUAGCUGCAGCUGCUUCUGUACAACCACUUGCAACACAAUGCUUUCAACUGUCCAAUAUGUUUAAUCCCCAAACUGAAGAAGAAGCUGGCUGGGAUACAGAAAUUAAAGAUGAUGUGAUUGAAGAAUGUAACAAGCAUGGAGGUGUUGUCCACAUUUAUGUAGACAAAAAUUCAACUCAGGGCAACGUAUAUGUCAAAUGCCCUUCAAUAGCUGCAGCAAUUGCAGCCGUCAAUGCAUUACAUGGAAGAUGGUUUGCAGGUAAAAUGAUCACAGCAGCAUACGUUCCUCUUCCGACGUACCAUAAUCUUUUCCCAGAUUCUAUGACCGCAACCCAGCUCUUGGUUCCAACUCGGCGAUGAAGAAGGAUUGAGUCAGUUUUGUACAUAGCUAUUUUUGAACGAAGACUUGAGUUACCUUUAUUUAGAUGAAAACAAAAGGAAAAAGAUGUAAAGUCCUUUUGUGUACAUUUCCUGUUACCUUAAAGAAAUAUAUAUAAUAAGCAGGAAUGCUGUAAUUAUUCUCAUGAUUAGCAUUCCCACUGUAAACAAAGCUGACUACUUGUUCUGCCUUGUAAUUCUUGUACAUUUAGACUUUUGGCUAAAGUAUGGUGUAGGAACAGACAUAGGUUAUAGAAAAGUUUUUUUUCUGUAAAAGAUGGAGAAGACAUUUUUAAUGUUUUGCGAGCCUUUUAAUGCAGAAAUUGCAUUUUACAUUUAUUAAAAUGAAUAUGCUCUGCUAAAGGUUAAAAUAGAUUUAACUGGACAUAUUUGGUGUGUUUUGUAUGGAUUGAAAUUUGAAGAGGCUACUGAAUGAUUUUCAGUCAUCUGAUCUGCCCAAGUAAUGUUGAACAGCUGGAAAGAUUGAGAAGAUUAGAAGAUUUUAUUUCUAGAUGGUAACUUUUGAUUGUCUCUGUAAAAGUUUCUUGUAAAUAAGGUGUAAGGUGUGUUUAGAAUUCCAAACAAAGCUAUCUCUGCAUUUCCAGAUUAAAGUUCCAAUGAUUGCAGGGAAUGUACUUAAUUAAAAGUUGAAGUAGGAAAUGCAGGAAUAUAUUUUGUCUGGUUGCAUAUAAUCUCUGCUCUUUUUUAAGCUCUGUGAGCUCUGAAAUAUAUUUUUGGGUUACUUCAGUGUGUUUGAAAAAAACAGCUUAAUAUUUCUAUCAACAAACAACUUUCAUAUUGCAACAAUCUUUGUAAGAACCACUCAAAUAAAAUUCUCUCAAAGGCC